AUUUAAUUUCUUUUUAUUUUCCUGAAAAUAGAAAUAACAUAAAUAUUUCCUUUAUAUUCUUGAAUAAUCUUUCAAUAAUUCUCAAAUCUUCCUCCAAAUUUCCAGCUAAAGGUUUCUUGUAACAGUGUCACUCCUAUCUCUUUGUAAAUAAUUUGUGGAUAGGAGUUUUAUAUAUAUGUGAAUAAUUAUUGUUGUUGAGGGUUCUUCCAAUUUGAAUUUUUUGGGAUACUCAUACUCUGGUUGGUUGAGUUUUAGAUUAAAGAAUCUUUGAUAUAGUUUUCUUUCUAAUUGGCCAUUGUAUUGUUGUAUACAUCAACAUAUACGCUUGAAAUUUAGAGUUUAGAGUAAAAAUCUUUGAUAUAAUUUCUUUCUGUUUGUAAUUAGUUGUGUAAAUUUUGGUGAAUCGUUGAAUUUUUAGUAACAGUGAGAUUAGAGGAGAGUUCGUGAUUAUUAUACAGGAAUUGUGAAUUUGUGAUUAAUUGAGUUGAUAAUUAGUGAAAAUGGUUGAGGCAAUUGCAACCACAUCUUUUAUAGGGUGUUGGCCGCCUUGUGGUAGCCGGGCUCUGGUUGAUUCCGGCUGCAGAAGAACAUCAAUUGAGAGUUCGCGAUUGCCGAUGGGUACAUUUAUAGGUAGAAAGAUUGGUUUGAAUCAAUGCUUAUGCAAGAAGGGAUCAAGGAGUUUGAUCAAAGCUUUUGCAAUGGAAUUGACAAAGGAAGCUUACUCGUAUAAAGAAAAGGACGGAAUCCUACGAUCUUGGAACUACCGCAAUGAUAGUGAUACCGAUCUGAGACCAGGAGUAUGGCCGCCGAAUAACAAGGCGGAUAAUCCAUCUAUACACAAUCCAUUACUUAGGUUAGAAUUGAUGGGUUGUGGAUGGUUAGGUGCUAUAUUUGAAUGGGAAGGAGUGAUAAUCGAUGAUCAUCCUGAUCUUGAGAAGCAGGCAUGGUUAGCUCUUUCCGAAGAGGAAGGAAAAUCACCACCGCCGGCUUUCCUCCUUAACAGAAUCGAAGGAAUGAAAAAUGAACAAGCCAUUUCUGAAGUUCUAUGCUGGUCUAGAGAUCCGUCUAAAGUACGAAGAUUAACGUCUAGGAAAGAAGAGAUUUAUCAAGAAUUACAUUUGCAAGUUGGAAUCUACAGAUUGAGAUCUGGAUCACGGGAAUUUGUGGAUGUUCUAAUGGCAUACAAGAUCCCCAUGGCGCUUGUAUCUACCCGUCCUAGGAAGAAUCUGGAGGCUGCAAUUAGGGAUAUUGGGAUUGAAGGGGUGUUUAGUGUGAUUGUGGCUGCUGAAGAUGUUCAUAGGGGUAAGCCAGAUCCUGAGAUGUUUGUAUAUGCUGCACAAACUCUGAAAUUCAUACCCGAAAGGUGCAUUGUGUUUGGGAACUCGAAUCAAACCAUCGAAGCUGCUCAUGAUGCGCGAAUGAAGUGUGUUGCGGUUGCUAGCAAGCAUCCUGUGUAUGAGCUUGGGGCUGCAGAUUUGGUUGUUAGGCAUUUAGAUGAGCUUUCCGUUGUGGACUUGAAGAACCUUGCUGCUGUCGAGUCGCCUGAAUUUGACGAACCGGAGUUGGAGAUGGAGGAAGAAAUUGAAGAUGAUCCAAAAUCAACGAGAACAGGAGUGGAUGAUAGUUUCUGUGAUAAAUAUGGGUACUCGAUGGUUGAUGUUGGACGGAUGAUGGGAGUAUUGUUAAAAUGUGAAAGAAGUCAAAGCAGCAGAAUUUUCUAAAUUGCGGAGUAUGAGUGGGCUGACUGUAGGCUAGUAUGUUGAGCUUCUGGCUGUGGAAUGAUUAUGUCCUUGGUUUGCUGACUUUUAGUAUGAACAUCUUCCUUGCUAUACUUAACAGUUUAUGCUUAUUUUUGAUGAUGUUUUGUGUGUAGUUAUUGAAUUUUACUGAUUGAUUUGUCGAUUAUGUGCUACAAAUCCGAUUGCUUUUUGGGUUUUAGGAGUCUGCGAUUGUCAUUGAAAUUGGGACGUUUUUGUUGGUAGUGAUGAAAUUAAAAUAUUGUAAAUUUAGGGAUAAAACUAAGUGAUUAUAUUACUAAUAUUGUGAUAAUUAAAUUAAUUUAUGAGACAAUUUAAUUUAUAAAUAUUAGAAAUAACUAUAACCAACUAAAAAUAAGGGAGCAAAAUCUUACUAUUUAAAUCACUCGCUAUAAAGUAAAGUAACCUAACUUAACUUUGAAAUAACCCCAACAUAUAGAACUUUGGGUUUGUUAUCUUGUGAUACAUCUGGCUGAAUUUGCCGCUCAUGGUAUGAGUCUUGAUGAUAAGGGUAUGGUUUUCCAUCCUUUCCCACCUUAGACCGAUCAUAGCUUGUAUGAGCCGGAUAUAUUGAGUAUGGUAAUUAUAAUUAUGAUGAUGAUGAUAAUGAAGUGUCAAAGAACCAAUUCAACCAAAAGCUUAAGCUGAUGGUUGAGGCCCCAUGAUGUGUUAUAUUCUCUAACACGCACCCUCACACAAGAGCCUUUUGGACUAGAAGUGUGAAUGCAACACAUGCCCUUCUCAUACCUGGUGCUAAAUAUUCCACUUUAAAUGAGUGGUGGUUGAAUUUCGAACCCGUGACCUCUUAUCACACGCUUUGAUAUCAUGUCAAGAAACCAAUUCAACCAAAAGCUUAAGCUGAUGGUUAUAUUCUCAAACAUGAAGAAUCUGAGUUUUGAUGAUCUGAUUGAGCAGGCCUUGAGAGGAGGGUGGAGGGAGAAAGUUGAAUUAGCUACUUCAACUUACAGAGAUAAUAAUGGGAGCAAAUGUACAAACCGUGACUUCAAUGGGAGCUUCCCUCACAAGCAGCCCUUACAUAUGAAGGAUCACCAUGGAUUGUUACUUUUCCAUCUAUAAAUUGUACUCCAAAUUUAGUAGCCAAUUCCAUUUUUUCCAUCCAUCCAUCUUUCAUUGCCUGCUUAAUU